AUGGCCAUCUACAGCGCAGUGCCUCCCCCUCCGGAGCUCGGGGGCGCGGAAGCAGCCAGCACGAACCAUCACCAUCAGCACCAACCGCCAUCGGAGCAUCCGGCUGCCAAUGCGACGACGGCGGUUCCAUCUGGUGGUGGAGUAGAUGUCGAGGCAUGGACAGUGUCUGCCCUUGAAUCUCUCGCCAUCUCCCCCGUCGCGCGCGGAACAGGUGUCCCGCUAGCCAUCUCACUCGACGAGUCUGCCAUCAAGAAGCCAUCCGUGACCAUCCAAGAUCGUCGUACAAAGUUCAAUGCUAUCCCGCCGCCGCCCCGUCCGCUCUCUCGAGACAGCCUGCGCCGCCGAGAAGCGCUCCUGAAAGGCAAUGAGGGCAGUCGCCAGCGUCGGCGAUGGGAGAAUGACCGUCUGAUGGGCGUCCCGAACGCUCAACCUCCGCAGCCCUCCGACUGGGCGCCCCGGCCGACACAUCCGGUCCACCACGUCCCGUACCGGGUCGCUGAUGCCUGGGACAGGCACAUGCGCGUCGAGGUUGAGACGAAGAAAGCCAUCGCGGCCCGCCACAAGCAGAUGCAAACGCGCACGCUGGGCGACGACCACGUCUCAGGCCGCGUGCCGCGCGAGCUGUUCCAGCGCGCCAAGAAAGUCCCUGCCGUCAAGACCUGGGUGCGCUCUAUGGAGGAGCCCGUCCGUCGAUACCUGGUCGAUCGCGAGAUCGCAAAGGAGGCACCCGUGUCCGAGGACGAGGACAGCACCGAGGACGAGGAGAUCGUGUUCGUGGGCCGUAAUGGGUCCAUGCGCGACGGCUGGAAGAGGGCGCGGCGCGAGGACAGGGGCAAGCCGCAGGACGAAGGCAUGGUGUUCGACGCGCUGGGCGACGAGGAUGAUGGCGCUUUCAGGCGCUGGAUCACCCACUCCAUCUCGGAUUACUACGGCCUGCAGUCCCAAUCGGUGCUCGUGGGAAACCCGAAGCGCAAAGUUGUGUAUGUGGGGGUCAAGGAGAUGAAGACGGGUUACGCGCCGCCAGUCCAGGCCCACCUGCCGCGACCUCUGUGGGAGCUGUGCUGA